AUGGGAAUGGUGGAUGGAUCUUGCAAGAGGGAAAUAUUCAGAGAAGAUUUGUGGAGUCACUGGCAUAGGGUCAAUGCUAUAGUUCUAUCUUGGUUAAUGAACUCUGUGUCUAAGUCUUUACUAGGUGGUAUAGGAUUUGCUUCUAGUGCACAUAGUGUAUGGGAAGAUUUGGCUGAAAGGUUUGAUAGAAUUGAUGGUUCUAGGACCUUCAAUCUGCAUAGAGAGAUUGCAACUUUUCAACAAGGAACUUCUCCUGUGUCUAUGUUUUACACUAGAUUAAAAGUGUUAUGGGUUGAGUUUGAAGCUUUGGUGCCUACACCAGCUUCAAGAAUCCAAAUCUUGCUAAUGGAUCCUCUACCUAAUGGAAAUCAUACUUAUGCCAAUAUUAUUGUAGAGGAAAGCCAAAAAUCAGUACAUGGAAACACUAGUGGAAUGGGAAUGAAUUCAGUAAUCGGGAUGAAUUUAGGUGUCUCAGGAAAUAGCUUCAACAAUGUUGGAAAUAAUCUUGGAAACAGCUUUGGGAAUAGUCUCAGUAAUAGUUUUGAUCCAAGUGUUAUGUACUAA